UCCCAAACAUUUUCCAUAAUCAAUAUAUGUUACGUGUUUUAUUUUGUUUCAAAUCUGUUUCAUUUCUAAAAGUUGAAUUUGCAAAUCAUUAAUCCGUAAAAUGUGUAAACAUUGGCUGCUUCCAUUGCUACGAAGCAUUGACGCACGCACUUGUUUAAAAGCCCAGUUGGGAAUCGGAACAACCGUUUCUCUGACCUCGACGAUUGAGUCCAUAUACUACUGCUAAUAUAAGCAAAUUCUCACUCAUUUCCUUCAACCCAAUUGCAUAUGUUUUGUUUGUCAGUUCUUGGAAUUGUAGACAUUGCAAAAUUGAACCUGAUUGCAGAGUUGUAGGACUUAUUACUAACUACCUGAAUUGGGUUUCUUUUUCCAGAAAUGAACACUGAAGAAGCUGAUGAUGAGGAGGAGGAGGAGGAGGAUCUUCUCUCUUUCAAAAGGUUCCUUGGCUUCUUGCGGACAUUCUUGGUUCACCGCUAUAGUCUGAUACAGCUGCUUUUCACUUUAGCAUCCUUGAAAAUUUGUUGUAUAUCUGGUUUUGUUGUUCCGGUGUCCAUCCUACCAAAGGAAAAACUCUAGAAAGUAAAGCCGUUGUCGGUGACAUGACUAUAUAUUUAUGACUCUGGUGUGAAAUUUUAAUAGACUUGUGAGCUUCAUGUUUCCCUUCUCUGAUCUCUCUCGCAAAUUUUCACUUGUCAAUUAGACCCCUUUCAAGCAGAUCCAAACUGUAGGAUGAGCACUAGCCAGACAUGCUAUGGUUCCUCUUGGACUAGAGAGCAAGAUAAGGCAUUUGAGAAUGCUCUGGCAAUCUAUUCUGAGGAUUCCAGUGACCGAUGGGAGAAGAUUGCAGCAAUGGUUCCUGGGAAAACAAUUGAGGAGAUCAAACACCAUUAUCAGAUUUUAGUUGAAGAUAUCAACGCAAUUGAGUCAGGUUAUGUCCCUUUGCCUCACUACGUUGAUUCUACAAGUCGUGGAGGCAAUUUUGGGCAAAUACAAAGCGAUUCCUGCCAUGGAGGGAAGUCAUCAAGAUCAGAUCAAGAACGGCGGAGGGGAAUAGCUUGGUCGGAAGAGGAACAUAGGCUAUUUCUUUUGGGCUUGGAGAAGUAUGGAAAAGGUGAUUGGAGAAGCAUAUCCCGGCAUUUUGUGGUAUCUAGAACACCUACACAAGUAGCCAGUCAUGCACAGAAAUAUUUCAUUCGCCUAAAUUCUGCAAACAAAGGAAGGAGACGAUCAAGCAUCCAUGACAUAACCACCGUUGGUGGAGGAGACUCAUCAACUUCACAAGGACCAAUCACCGGGCAAACAGAUGGAACUGCUACAAGCGGGUCCUCCAGUAGACGUGGGAAACCAGCACCUUCUACCGAACCUGAUUUUAGCACAUAUGUCCCCCCUACUAUUGUCCAGUCAAUUGACAGCUCACCGCUCAUUUCAACAAUUGGAAAUUCAGUGGAUCAUCCCUACCCGGCAGAGAUGGUGUAUGGUGUCAAAGCACUAACUCCUGGAUCAUUCGAAUCUGGUGCCCCAACAAAUGUCUCUUCAAAGACUUUUCAGAGACCUCAUUCGUCAGAUCAGAAGUGAUGAUGUCUGUUGGUUUCGUCACAAUCAAGGUUAUCCAAGUAUCUGUGGUUGGUUUGUCUUUAGUUAUUAUGUUUUAACUACACAUAAAAGGAGUUGCGCUCUGCAUAGACAGCUAUAUGAUACUAAAGUAAAAUGGGUGGAGUGUUUCUUUUUCUAAACUUCACAGUUAAGACCUUUGUUUAUGUUUUAAACCAUAUGUAGCAAUAUAUGGCAUAGAUUACCUCUAAUUUUCUCUAGUUUUGCAAAUUUCAUUAGUUUUACAGUA